CUGCCCCUCCACAGUCGAACAAUCCCGAGAAGUGAACAAAUUGUGCAAAUCGGAAAUCAUCAUCGUCAUGGAAGAUAUCAAGAACGGAAUCAUCGGCGAGUUGGGAACUCCUUCCGAGUUCUUUGAGGCUUUUAUGUCUUAUAUCGAUCUCUCAAAGACGUCUUUGUUUAUCUCUGCUGCUUCGAUUCUCUUUAAUCCCACUUUCUGGAACAUCGUUGCCCGUCUUGAGUACAACACGCACGCAUUGACAAAGAUUGCGGGCAGCGCCAAGAAGGGAUGCUACGCUCUCGCCGUCACCAUCUUCUCUCUCGGAAUCGUCCGUGAUAUCCUGUACGAGCGCGCUCUCCGCGACCAGCCGUACUGCGCCCGUCUCGACAUCCCGCCCACCAAGAUGCUUGCCGUUCUCCUCUUUGUCUACGGCAACGUUCUUGUCCUGAGCAGUAUGUGGGCUCUCGGCGUCACCGGUACUUAUCUCGGUGAUUACUUUGGUAUUCUCAUGGACGACCGUGUCACCGGUUUCCCGUUCAACAUCACCAACAACCCCAUGUACUACGGCUCCUUCCUUUCCUUUGUCGGCACCGCGCUGUGGUAUUGCAAGCCGGCUGGAAUCGUGCUCUCGGGUCUCGUGUUGGUCAUGUACCUGAUUGCUUUGCAGUUUGAGGAGCCCUUCACCGGUGAGAUCUACGCUAAGCGCGAGCGCGAGCGCGCUGCUGCCGCUGACGGCAAGAAGUCGAAAUAAACGACAAAACAGCUGUGAGGGUCUUCAUGAUCCAUUUGUAUAUAUAGGCUUUCAACAGUGCAUAUAGAUCGACAGAAAAGAGAGAAAAGAGAGAAAAGAAAGAAGAUGAGGAACAAAAUGGAUAUUUAUGAGAAUACGAUGACUGGAAAUGGCA